AACGGAUUGAGUACAUCAGCCGCGCUCCAAUUCCUGAAAACAUAACAAACUGAGGAUAUUUUCAGAAAGCAUGAAGCUGUUAGUUUUUGCGCUAGUUUUAUUGGGAUGUCUACAAUCUUCUGCUGCUGCUGAGUUCCAAGUCGAAGCACUGUAUGAAAUGAGGCAACAACUCAUCGAUAACAGUGGUGUGCUUAAUUACUGGAAGGAUAAUCAAAUGAGCCCCUGCUAUUGGGACCAUGUUACUUGUCAGGACAACAAAGUUACAACAAUAAGUUUGUCCUCAUCUGGGUUAACAGGAACCCUGUCACCCAGCAUUGCAAAGAUAACAACUUUACAAGAGCUGAUAUUGCAUGGCAACAGCAUAACUGGAGUGAUUCCUCAGGAGUUUGGAAACCUAUCAAGCUUGAAAACUCUAGACCUUGGAAAAAAUAAUUUAAAUGGCUCGAUACCGGACACUCUUGGCCGCCUUCCUAAACUCGAAAUUCUGGAUCUAAGCCAAAAUCAUUUAAGUGGGAGUAUCCCAAGCUCUUUCAUAAAUCUUCAAUCAUUGAAUAAUAUUAAUCUUGCAUAUAAUAAUCUUAGCGGUGAAAUACCACAAUAUCUACUUCGGGUGCCUCAAUACAACUAUACAGGCAAUCAUUUGAAUUGUGGUCAACAUUUAUUUCCAUGUGAAGGAGGCAGCACAAAGACAGAUGGAUCAAAAAACUCCAAGUUAAAUGUGGUCCUUGGAAGCAUUGCUGGAGCAGUCACACUACUUGUCCUUGGAGUUCUGUUUGUGUUAUGGUGGCAAAGAAUGCGUUACCGACCUGAAAUCUUCAUUGACGUCUCAGGUCAGAAUGAUCACAGGCUAGAGUUUGGGCAAAUAAAGCGGUUCUCAUGGCGAGAGCUCCAGAUUGCAACCAACAAUUUCAGUGAACAGAAUGUUCUUGGCAAGGGUGGUUUUGGUAAGGUGUACAAAGGAGUUCUUCCAGGUCCAGACAGUAUAAAGAUUGCAGUGAAACGACUGUUUGACGUGCAGAGUCCUGAAGGGGAAAUGGCUUUCCUCAGAGAAGUUGAAUUAAUAAGCAUCGCUGUCCAUAAAAACAUACUAAGGUUGAUAGGGUUCUGUACGACACCAACAGAGAGGCUCUUAGUUUACCCUUUCAUGGAGAAUCUGAGUGUUGCUUCCCGUUUAAGAGAUAUAAAACUGAAUGAACCAGCAUUAGAUUGGUCUACAAGAAUGCAAAUAGCUCUUGGUGCUGCACGUGGUUUGGAGUACCUUCACGAGCACUGCAAUCCCAAGAUCAUCCACCGUGAUGUGAAGGCUGCCAAUGUCCUGCUUGAUGGAAACUUUGAAGCAGUGGUAGGAGAUUUUGGCCUAGCGAAGAUGAUGGACAUAGGGAGGAAUACAGUCACAACGGGGCUCCGUGGUACUAUGGGCCACAUAGCUCCUGAGUACAUAAAGACAGGAAGGCCAUCAGUUAAGACAGAUAUCUUUGGAUAUGGUGUCACGCUAUUAGAGAUUGUGACAGGAGAACGGGUAAUUGCAUUCUAUCCUGAAGCAGGCGAGAUCAUGCUAAUUGAUCGGGUCAAACUAAUGAUGGAAGAAGGGCAACUAGAAGCCAUUGUGGAUCGCAAUCUAGGUGAUCUAUACAACCUUGAAGAGCUGGAGAAGAUUAUCCAGAUAGCACUCCUCUGCACCGACAUGGAACCUGAUCAUCGCCCUGCAAUGUCCGAAGUGGUGCAGAUGCUGGAAGGAGAAUUGGUCCCAGCAGAGCGAUGGCAGGAGUGGCAGCUGGCUGAGCUCAACCGACGACAACAGUAUGAAAUGAGGCAGCAAUGCAAACCAUUCAGCUUCAGCGAAGAGUCUCUAAACAUUCAGGAAGCCAUUGAGCUGUCGACUGGAAGAUGAGCUGCAAGAUCAUCAAAAAGUGACAUGAUUUUCACUUGUUCCUUCAGUAGAAAUGGUGCAAGGAAACUCCAGAAGUACGCUCUAUGAAUGUUGACUGCUAGGAAUAGUCUAUAGGGUCCUGAUGCCAUAGCUGGCAUGGGCAAGUGCAUCCAUGUCCAUGAAUAUAACAAUUGGAUUACAUCUAGUGCAGACCAUGUGUAUACUAUAGACUAUAGAUUGUUCUACAUUUUAUUUGCAUUCUGUAUCAGUGGAUAACUAUCGGUGCAUAAAUCUUGCAAAUGACAUUAUCGUGUGUGUAUCA